AUGCCCGAGACAACCAAGGUUGUGCCCCUCACCUGCCACGGUCACUCGCGACCAGUGCCACAUAUCCACUUCUCGUCCCUGCUAGAUGAGGACCAAUACUACAUUAUAUCAGCAUGCAAGGAUAACAACCCCAUGCUCCGAGACGGAGUGACAGGAGACUGGAUUGGCACUUUCCUGGGUCACAAGGGCGCAGUCUGGCAAGCGAGACUAUCCUCGGAUGCCUCGCUGGCAGCUACGGCCUCUGCGGACUUCUCUGCAAAGGUCUGGGAUACGCAUACCGGUGAAGCACUACACACUCUCUCACACAACCACAUCGUCCGCGCAGUCGCAUUCCCCAACCAGCCCCAUCCCCAGAUCCUUGCCACGGGUGGCAUGGAGAAGAAGUUGCGCAUAUACGACCUUUCACGCAGCGACGCGACAAGUUUCGAGAUUGGCGCAGGUGUCCACACUGGAACAAUCAAAUCGAUCGUGUGGACAUCCGACCCGAAUGUCAUAAUCACAGCAGCGGAAGACAAGAAGGUGCGGUGGUGGGAUUUGCGCCAAGAGUCCACAAUCGGCGAGCAUGCUGUCGAAGGCACUGUUGGCUCCUGCGAGUUGGAUAACACCUCCUCGGAAGGCAUUUUGAGCGUAGCCGCUGGAAACAGUGCCUACUUCUUCAAUAGCCAGUCGCCGGGAUCGCUCAUCAAGAGCAUCAAGACGCCCUACGAGAUCGCCAGCGUGGCUCUACACAACGGAGAGCGGAAAUUUGUCACUGGUGGUAGCAAUCAGAACGACACUUGGGUCAGGGUCUGGGACUUUGACGAAGAGAAGGAGCUUGAGACCAACAAGGGUCAUCACGGGCCUAUCUGGUCGGCAAGCUUCUCGCCUGACGGAAAGCUCUACGCCACAGGCAGUGAGGACGGCACAGUCAAGCUGUGGAAGUUCACUUCUGGCCCGUACGGUCUGUGGAAGUAG